UUUCAGCGAAUGACGUCACGCUGAUAGCAUUUAACCAACAGUUUCAGACGAGAAACAGAAGAUAACUUGAGAAUCAGCUCUUUUAUAUUCUCGUGACGGGUGGAUUUCAGUAUUUCUUUGACAUAUCUACGCACGGAAACACUUGGAGGAGUGAGCGACUCACAUAUUCUGCUGUUUUGCUCCAUAAUUGAACACCGAAGCGAGCUAGCCGGGCUGCUAAGUGUAGCUAGCGUUAAGUAGGUGUAAAGCUAGCUGGGGGCUAGCUAACGAGUUAGAAACCAAUCAGCACUUUAGCUUCAAGCAGAGCUCUCAACCUGUGUCAGGAUGGAGAGUAAAUACAACCUGAAGAGUCCGGCGGUGAAGAGGCUGAUGAAGGAGGCUGCUGAGCUGAGGGACCCCACAGAGCACUACCAUGCACAGCCCCUGGAAGAUAACCUCUUUGAAUGGCACUUCUCCGUACGCGGACCCCCAGAUUCAGACUUCGACGGCGGGGUUUACCACGGCAGGAUCGUCCUCCCCCCAGAGUACCCCAUGAAGCCCCCCAGCAUCAUCCUCCUCACACCCAACGGCAGAUUCGAAGUUGGGAAGAAGAUUUGUUUGAGCAUCUCUGGCCACCAUCCAGAGACCUGGCAGCCCUCCUGGAGCAUUCGAACGGCUCUAAUAGCUAUCAUCGGAUUCAUGCCAACAAAAGGAGAGGGAGCGAUAGGAUCCCUUGAUUAUACCCCAGAAGAGAGGAGGACCCUCGCCAAAAAGUCUCAGGACUUCUGCUGCGAGACGUGCGGCUGCUCCAUGCGCUCCGCCCUCCUGGCUCUGACGCCCAACAGCAACCCGAGCGCCGAGGACCACCAGGCCAAAGAACUGGCUCAGCAAAUCAACUUCAAGGCGGAGACCAGUUUAUCCAGACAUACGAGUGAGAGCGGAGGAGCAGAGAGCGAGACCUCCUUGCUCGAUCAGGGAGACGCCUCCACGUCUGCAGGACAGGAAGCGGCUGACGAGCCUCAGACCGAACAGGCAGAGGCGUCUCAAGUGUCAGAAGAGGAGCCCCGACCCACUGCCGUCCCCAGUCCGGGUCGCCCCCUCAGCCCCCGGCAGCGUCGGGCUCAGCAGCAGAGCCAGCAGGGUCAGAGAGACGGCAGAGACGCAGCCAGCAGGCCCGCCUUCCCCCCGGCUCCUCGCCAGCAGCAGGAGGAGGACAUCCACACGGGCUCUGCCGUCCUCAUCGUGCUCCUCACCCUCGCUCUGGCCGCUCUCAUCUUCCGCAGGAUCUACCUGGCUAACGAGUACCAGUUCGACUUUGAGCUGUGACCAGCGAGGCCCCUCACGCCCUCCUUCUCUCGAGUCCAAUCCUCCUACCACAGAACUGUGACCCGCUGCAGUGGAACCAGAGCCGAGUCAGCGGCUUCCACAGACUUUCCUCCCACUGUGCUCGUCAGCAGAGGUUCAGUCUCCUCCGAGGGGAGAUCUCAUUCCUGCAGUGGAGGCACUUUAAUCACCACCAGACCUCCUGGGUGUCUUUUAAUCAGUGUCCAUUUUACUCUCCAGUGUGGUGCAUUUUUUAAGAACAGGAAGUCACACCUCCACACACACACAUCACAUACCUUCUUUAAUGUGUCUGUUGUCUGUCCUAGAGCUGCAGCGUGUUCUCAUUAUUUAAUUCAAAAUGUAAUUUAACAUGUAAUCAUCAUUGAACUGUGGGAGGGGUUUGUCUCACGGUCAUUAUUGGAAAAGUAUAUUAUUCACAGAGAGUGUGUUUAGGGCUUCUUCUUCUUCUUCUUCAUCAUGUGCUUUAAUGUCUUGUUGGGUCACUUCAGUCCAUUAUACCUCUGCAGCAGCCUCAGCGCUCCAGCUUCAGUUCAUACAGGUGCGAUUGAUGUGGUACGUUUUAAACGUGGGCUCUAGUUUGGAGUCUAAACGACUAUUAGGUACAAAAAGUUUUGGGAUCACUCCAGUAGAUGUUUUCAUGAGCCUGCGGCUAAAACCGGCUGUAGCGGCUGCAAUGUCAUUCUUGGAUCAAAGGAGCCUGUUAAAGUAUGUUUUAUUCUUACAGAUUGUUAUUCAGUAUGUUAAGUGUCAGGCAAUGUUACAGAAAUAAACCCAAAUAUGUAAUCCUAUUUUUAUGCCAGAAACAUAAACUGUGUGUUUUAAUGUGUGUAAUUGUCCCAGCUUUGAACUAACAAUUAAAAAGAGAUACACAAUGCUCACCUUUUAGAGACAUUAGUACCUGUUACCCAGUGGUGUAGUGCAGGUUAUACAGGGUAUACUGUACCCACUUAUUUUCCAGUCUCCAUAGAGCCCCGUUUCUAAAUCCACUCUGAUUCACAAUAUUCCAAAGUAUGCUGCAAUUUUUCUUCCUAGGAUCACAAAGGGAUGAUACCUCUCUACUUCCUACUCUGUCUCCUAUUGGCCAGUAAACACUGUUGCCUUUUUUGGUUGGUUUGGUAAGAAUAUCAGGGUAAAGCCUGGCUCACACUGCAGGAGUUUUAAAAUCCAGUAGCAUCACACACUUCUCUCUUAGCAGAAUCCUAACAGAUCUUCUUCUCCAUAAUCUCAAACAUGCUCACACUGCAAGAUAUGAAAAUCUUGGCGCAUCACAGAAUACAGGAUUUCUUUAAGAUUAUCGUGCCCGACAGAGGAACGCACCACCUCACGUAAACAAUGGAGCAGGCGGUUAAAUUUGUGAUCAUUAUGCUUUGUGCAGAGAGGAAUACACUGAAAAAUUUGAAAACAUUUUGGGUGAAUAAAUGUCUGGGGAGACGCCGACAACAUGGGUUGUGUAUUCUUCAGUGAGAGCUGAGUCUUGAGCAACCCUGCGAUUGUCGGGAAGGAAGAAUCGGACCUCAAAUCGAACCCGAUAAUCCUGCAGUGUGAGCCAGGCUUUAGCCAACCAGAGGGCGAGUCAGAGUGUUUGCCAUUGCUGUUCUCCGAGGUGAUUUGCGAUGUGAUCUAAACUGGCAGCGUUACAUUCCAUCAGCUUGUCUCCCUCAUUAUGUGAAAAUGAUCCUUUCAAAGAAAACGGUAUACUACUGUAAAGAAUGUUAAGCUUGGAGGGUUUUUGGUUUGCUUGAAAGUAAUCCCAAAUUCAAGGCAACAAGUGACUCUAAAGCCGCGGUAGGUCCUUCAGUUGCUUUCAGCCAUCAUGGCUAUCUACCUGCCUGCCCUGUUGUAAAGUUAAUAAUAAUAAUUUGCCCCCACAGAACACAUUGCAGCUUUUACAGCCUGUCUCAAGGCCGUCAGCUUGUGGAAACAACUGACGCAAUUGCAAAACCUUUUGAUCCUUGAUGUCAAUAAUAUGCCGAAUUAUGUAGGGCCUAGAUGUACGAAAACAAAACUACCCUUAAAUUUAAAACUCCAGCUGCACUGAAAACAACGUUUAAACUACAGGAAAGCAUUUGAAGGUCAAGAAAAGACUUUUGGAGCAACUACAAAAAAAAUCCAAAGACAGUUCUGUGAAGGGAAUAGCUCUGCCAAAUAAAACUAUGGUUUUCUGAAGAGCACAUGAGGGCAGAGUGCUUUGAGCUGUUAUCACCAUGGAAACAUUUACUGGUGAGAUCAUUUACGAGACUAUUUUCACCAGUUAACACGAGUCUGAUCUGCAGCAGGUUCAGUUAUCAGUCUGUGUUCCUUCAACACAACUGUGGCUUUUUUUUUUU